UAUAGAUCAAAAAGCUGUCCACAAUGUAGAGAAAAAGUUACAGAAAAGAAAAUACAUAGGCUUUAUUUUACAUUUUCAAGCAAUGAUACAACAACUGAUUAUCAAACUUCUCCAUUGCAAGAAAAAGUUGACAAUUUGAAAUUCCAAAUUUUAUUGAAGGAAAGAGAAAUUGAAUUUCACUCUUCCAAAAGUGUCACUUUGAUGAAACAAAACACUGGAUUAAAGGAAGAAGUUACAAAAUUGGAAGGUGAAAUUAAUAAAAAAAAUGCAGCAAUACAUGCUUUGAAUGAACAAAUCAAAUAUUUUAAAGAGGAAAAUUUGCAAUGUGAUUACCUGAAGUCAAGAAUUGCUCACUUAAAAAGUAAAAUUGGAGAGCUUAAGCCAAUACAAACAUUAUUGCGUUCUCCUCUCAGUGAUGUCAGUAAGAUGAUUCAGAAUACCAAAGAUCCUGACAUACUUACUAGAUACAUUUCUAUUAUGAAGAAGGAGUUAAUUCAAAGUUUCGAGAAGUGUCAUAAGUUACAAACAACUGUUAAAAGACUUAAGGCAAAGUUGUCCAAAAAUAACACAAAAUCUGAUACUUCCUUAGAGGAGCAAGAAGAGCAGAUAGGUUUUGAAGAAAAAUUAGCAGCUCCAGAAACUGUACGUAAUAUUAACAAAAAAUACGAUGAUGUGUCAGACACAGGAAGUCAAAGCAAUUCUUCCAAAGAAAUUCUACUAGAAGGAGAUUCAAAAGCAAAAAACCAAAUUACAUCAAAUAAGAGUUCUGUAAUAAAAUAUACUACCAGCAGAAAAACUAACAAGGUGUCUGUACGUAGUACUGAAAAUGUUCAAGACAAAUUACAAAUCCCUCAAAUAGAACUUAAUACAAGUAAUUCAGACUUGGAGCUUAUAAGCUGUAGUCCGAGUGGUUUCUCUCCCAUGGUUCCUAAGACAUUCUGUUUAAUAGAGGGCAAUUCAAGCAGUUCAAAUGAUGACAUAAAUGAAUCCAGACUAGGGAAGAAAAGAAAAAUGCAUACGACGGACAAUACAUCUUGUACUGACGUGAUUGACUUAACAUAAAAGGUUCCUACUAAGCAUUAUUCGCUCUUUUGUAUAGAUAACUAUUUACAUUAAAAAAAAAUACAGUAUUUUGUCAUUGGAAUAAAUUGUUUUACAUUACUAUCAUA